CUAUAAAACCCGGCGGCGCGUCGCGCAGCCACUGCCGAGACCGCGUCCGCCCCGCGAGCACAGGCCUUUCGCCACCGCACCGCUACCGCCGCCGAUUCACACCCGCCACCCCCAAGUUCGCCAUGGACGAUGACAUCGCUGCUCUCGUGGUCGACAACGGCUCCGGCAUGUGCAAGGCCGGCUUCGCGGGCGACGACGCCCCCCGGGCCGUCUUCCCUUCCAUCGUGGGGCGCCCCCGGCACCAGGGUGUGAUGGUGGGCAUGGGCCAGAAGGAUUCCUAUGUGGGCGACGAGGCCCAGAGCAAGAGAGGCAUCCUGACCCUCAAGUACCCCAUUGAGCAUGGUAUUGUCACCAACUGGGAUGACAUGGAGAAGAUUUGGCACCACACCUUCUACAACGAGCUGCGUGUGGCCCCCGAAGAGCACCCUGUGUUGCUGACUGAGGCCCCCCUGAACCCUAAGGCCAAUCGCGAGAAGAUGACCCAGAUCAUGUUCGAGACCUUCAACACCCCCGCCAUGUACGUGGCCAUCCAGGCCGUGCUGUCCCUGUAUGCCUCUGGCCGUACCACCGGCAUUGUGAUGGAUUCCGGCGAUGGGGUCACCCACACUGUGCCCAUCUAUGAGGGCUAUGCUCUCCCCCACGCCAUCCUGCGUCUGGACCUGGCUGGCCGGGACCUGACGGACUACCUCAUGAAGAUCCUCACGGAGCGAGGCUACAGUUUCACCACCACGGCUGAGCGGGAAAUUGUGCGUGACAUCAAGGAGAAGCUCUGCUACGUUGCCCUGGACUUCGAGCAGGAGAUGGCCACGGCGGCCUCCAGCUCCUCCCUGGAGAAGAGCUAUGAGCUGCCUGAUGGGCAGGUCAUCACCAUUGGCAACGAGCGGUUCCGCUGCCCCGAGGCCCUCUUCCAACCUUCCUUCCUGGGAAUGGAAUCCUGUGGGAUCCACGAAACUACCUUUAACUCCAUCAUGAAGUGCGACGUUGACAUCCGCAAGGACCUCUACGCCAACACAGUGCUGUCCGGCGGUACCACCAUGUACCCGGGUAUUGCUGACAGGAUGCAGAAGGAGAUCACAGCGCUGGCACCUAGCACAAUGAAGAUCAAGAUCAUUGCUCCUCCUGAGCGCAAGUACUCAGUGUGGAUCGGCGGUUCCAUCCUGGCCUCGCUGUCCACCUUCCAGCAAAUGUGGAUUAGCAAGCAAGAGUACGAUGAGUCCGGCCCCUCCAUCGUCCACCGCAAAUGCUUCUAGGCGGACUGUCUUUAGUUGCGUUACACCUUUUCUUGACAAAAACCUAACUUGCGCAGAAAAAAAAAAAAGAGAUGAGAUUGGCAUGGCUUUAUUUGUUUUUUUUUUUUUUUUUGGUUUAUGUUUUUGUUUUUUUUUUUUGGCGCUUGACUCAGGAUUUAAAAACUGGAACGGUGAGGGUGACAGCAGUUGGUUGGAGUGAGCAUCCCCAAAGUUCUACAAUGUGGCCGAGGACUUUGAUUGUACAUUGUUCUUUUUUUAAUAGUCAUUCCAAAUAUUGUGCGAUGCGAUGUGACAGGAAGUUCCUGCCUUCCCAAAAGCUGCCCCACUUCCCCCUAAGGAGAAGGGCCUGGUCCCCGCCCCAGGUCCACACAGGGGCAGGGGACAGGUAGGAUUGCUUUUGUGUAAAUUAUGUAAUCCAAAUUUUUUUAAAAAAAAAAAAAACUUCCGCCUUAAUACUUUUUAUUUUGUUUUAUUUUGAAUGGU